UUUUCUUAGCGAGAGAGAGAGAGAGAGAGAGAGAGAGAGAGAGAGAGAGAAUGCAUCGACCAUCACCAUUGUUGAUCGUGUUAUCUGUGUUCUUCUUGCAAAUAUUCGAUCUCAGUUCACGGGUAGAUGCAUUGUACGGACCAUCAUCACCUGUGCUUCAGCUAAACCCCUCUAACUUCAAGUCCAAGGUUCUCAAUUCGAAUGGGGUUGUUUUAGUUGAGUUCUUUGCUCCUUGGUGUGGUCACUGCCAAGCACUGACACCUACAUGGGAAAAGGCAGCUACUACCUUGAAAGGUGUUGCUACUGUGGCAGCACUUGAUGCUGAUGCUCACCAGUCACUAGCUCAGGAAUAUGGGAUUAAGGGUUUUCCUACCAUCAAGGUGUUUGUUCCCGGAAAGCCUCCAGUAGAUUAUCAAGGAGCUAGGGAUGUCAAACCCAUAGCAGAAUAUGCCCUGCAACAGAUAAAGGGACUUCUGAAGGACCGGUUACAUGGAAAAGGUACUGGAGCAUCAAGUGAGAAAUCUGAACCUAGUGCAUCAGUGGAAUUGAAUUCACAUAAUUUUGAUGAAUUAGUGCUUAAAAGUAAAGAACUUUGGAUUGUGGAGUUCUUUGCACCUUGGUGUGGGCACUGUAAGAAGCUUGCUCCAGAGUGGAAGAAGGCUGCAAGUAACUUGAAGGGCAAGGUCAAGCUGGGUCAUGUGGACUGUGAUGCAGAGAAGUCUCUAAUGAGCAGGUUCAAUGUGCAAGGAUUCCCCACGAUCUUGGUGUUUGGCGCUGACAAAGACAGCCCAUUCCCUUUUGAAGGUGCUAGAACUGCCUCAGCAAUUGAGUCAUUUGCUCUAGAGCAGCUCGAAACAAAUGUUUCACCUCCUGAAGUGACUGAGUUGACUGGCCCAGAUAUUAUGGAAGAGAAGUGUGGUUCGGCUGCCAUUUGUUUUGUUGCUUUCCUCCCUGACAUUUUGGACUCCAAGGCUGAGGGAAGGAAUAAGUAUCUAGAGAUGAUGUUAUCCGUAGCAGAGAAGUUCAAAAGGAGUCCUUACAGCUAUGUUUGGGCUGCUGCUAAUAAACAGCUGGAUCUUGAAAAGCACGUGGGUGUUGGCGGUUAUGGAUACCCAGCUUUGGUAGCCCUCAAUGUGAAGAAAGGAGCAUAUGCCCCACUACGGAGUGCAUUUGAGCGUGAUCAGAUAGUAGAGUUCGUGAGAGAAGCUGGACGUGGUGGAAAGGGUAAUCUUCCCCUGGAGAGCUUGCCCUCGAUUGUGAAGACUGAGCCAUGGGAUGGUAAAGAUGGACAAAUUAUUGAAGAAGACGAGUUCUCCCUUGAAGAACUUAUGGGGGAAGAAUCUACGAGCAAGGAUGAGUAGUAACCGGUCAAGAUUGUAACGCUAAAGAGGAGAGUCUAGGUUAGAAAUGAUUUUGAUGUUACAAGCAAUGUGUCAGUAUCGCGGGAUUACAGAUGACUUGUUUCUCUAAUUUUAAAGCAUUUUCUUUCAAACAAGAAGUUUGUCCAGUUCUUUAUUUAGUUUGGCUCAAAUCUGAAAUGCUGAUUGGUACAACCGCCACUAUUAAGUUGUCGACACUUGGAAAACAUCAUGUAUUGCCAUCUAGCUGAAUCAAAAUAAUUACAAACUCAUAAUUUUUCA